GUAUUUGCCAAAAACAGCUGAAAACACUUCUACGUUACGCUCCUGAAUAGGAACUUAGCGAAAUAUUUUCAUUAUUUUUUAGAAACCUAUUUCUUCCUUUAGAACUUCCAGAAGGUUGAGUUGUAAAUUAUUAUGUAUGUGGACGGUCAAGCGAUGAAGUCUGACAGCGGAGGUGAUAUCUGUGUAAAGGGGAGGUCACUCUAACAGUACAAACAAAGGUUGCUACGAUGGACCGACCUUAUAAUUAACACCGCUUCAUUUAUCUUCAAAUUGACUUCAUUAUGGACUCGGAGGCAGCGUGCAAGGUUUGUGGUAGGCUGGAGAGCGUAAUGAAGAGGUGCACGCGAUGUCGCCGCGUGUUUUACUGUUCCAGACAGUGCCAGUUGCGUGACUGGGUGACACACAAGUAUACCUGUGUCCGCCAGACGGAGGGAAACUCUACUGAUCGGACACCUCCCAAAACCGACACACUGUCCACGACAGACACACGAAAACAGUACAGAGACGAUGGUACCAUUUUCACGGAUGAGAGUGGCACUGCACCUUCUACCCGCCAAAGUCAUCACACCCCGGUCAAUUUUGAUAAAGCUUUGCGUAGAGGGAAAACGGACGAACAGAAGCACCUAGAUGUCUGUUCUCCUGUUGAUUGUGGUGGUUCCGGCUCCAGAACGUAUCUGAGCGACAAUAUUUACAUGGGGGACACACCCACUCCCGACCUCAGCCAGCCCUACGAUCAGAUCAUUGUGAAGGGUAACAGAGACAAACAAACAGUAGUGAUUCAGGGCUCCUGGUCCGGCGAGGACAUCUUCAAGGUGAUCGCCAGUGCGGUGAAAAUCCCCAUGAACAAACUCAAGGUCAUACACAAGGGCAAGGUCAUGACCUCAGAAAGCAUCCGGUCAGCCAUCCGCCCUAAGGCAGUGUUCCAGGUGAUAGGGGAGCGUGCUGAGGACGAAGAUGGGCUUGACAAGAGGGAUAUUGAAAUUAUGAUGGCACAGCUUCAUGUGGAUAGAAACGAGGCUAUUCUGGCGUUGAAGAAAAAGGGCGAUGUUAUUGAUGCCCUGUUACAUGUAGGAAGUAAAUAAAAUCAACACAAUCAUGUCUGUCUAUUUGUGAUCAGUCAUU